CAUCUGUGAAGACACCUCAAUUAUUCUGCUCUGUUCCCUUGUAAUUCAAGUUUAUCAAUCCGAGUCCUUAUACCAUGGAUUUCAAGAUCGCUUGCGCUUUGAACCUGUCCCCUGAGUUGGUAUGGUUUAGUCGUCAGUCCUACGACGAAGAGUUAUCAUCAUCAUCCGACUGUGGGCCCAAUGGUUGGCCGUGUCACUACGGCGGAUACUUCCCUGAGAUGCCGCACGACCUGGGCAGUGACGGAACUCAGUCUCCGGGACGUGACGACACCGAUGAUGAGGCAGAGAAUGUCAGAGAUGACUUCUCUCUCCGUCUCUUCGAUCUGGAGAAGGUUAUCCGAGAUGUACAUGAUUUCGGUGACCAGAUGGACGAUCAUCAGCCAGCAUCUCCUGUGCAUUGCCAGCUACCGCUUCCCGUCAGGCCCUCUGUCAGCCCAAGCUACCUACCCUCUCCAACAUCAUCAUCACCGGACUGCAACUCGCUAGCCUCCUUGAUGGAGACCAGCUACCCGUCGUCACCGAACCUCCACAGCCCUUCUCCCUUCCCUGAGCUGAUGAUCGCUACCUCCCCAGUCCAGAUGGAGACGCUUCUCACUCCCGUGACAGUCUCCACUCUCCGGACAUGUUCGCCGGUUGAAUAGUACUGAUUAAAAGGCAUUACAGCCAUGCACUUCAUCUACGCUUAAUUGUAAAUACUUGGGACUCAUGUAGAUACAAACAUCAUUAAAUUAUAACCAUUUUCAUUUUGUUAAU